CCACCACAACAUGCGCGUCACUCUCCUCAGACUAGCAGAGUCCGUGUCGACAAGGCUGCUGAACCUCCGCGAAGCCGGCGCGUCGCUCUAUCCACCAAUACCGUUGUUCCGCCGGGUUUUGCGUGCUCAUCGACAUUUGCCAUUAAGUAUGCGAUCGUUGGGGGACGCGUAUGUCAAGUCAGAAUACAGACGACAUCGAGAAACAACAAACCCCGUACACAUAAUUGGGUUCCUCUCACAAUGGAAGAUGUAUCUGGAUGGACUGCCGCAGGGGGAGGAAGCGAAGAAUUUCAAGGGGAAGAAGCUGGAUCAUACGGUGUUUGAGAAGAUGUCAAGCGAACAGCUGGGACAACUCUACGAGCUCAUGCAUGCUUCCAAGGAUGUGUGGAAACCUAUAUCAGAGGAAUCAGAGACGUAACGUAGGUCCCUAGGAAUGAUAUGGUAUACCAAGUCAAACUUCCUCAGUUCUUCCUGAGUACCCUGCACUAUCGUCCUACUCAUCUUCCAUUGCCGACGCCGAAAAAAUGUCUUCACCGUCAUCCUUUUCUUCCUAAAUGUUCACACAUCUCAUUGGCUUC